GUGGCAACGGUAUCACCAGGACUGUAUCCUCCGGAUGGCCACAGAUCCACGUCCCACAGGCCUCGUGUGCAACCGUACAUUUGACAUGUAUGUCUGUUGGAGUGACACCCUUCCCAACGCCUCUGCUAAGGUCCCGUGUCCCUGGUACCUCCCAUGGUACCCACAAGUCCAUGACGGCUUCGUGUUCCAGAAAUGUGGCCCAGAUGGACAGUGGGUGGCGGAUGAGUCAGGCCACCCCUGGAGGGAUCAUUCGCAGUGCGAGGACCUCACGGAGGAGGUCCCCUUGCAGAAACACUUGUGGAUUCUGGAGCAGUUUCGACUGAUGUACACGGUGGGCUACUCCUUUUCCCUGGUGGCCCUGCUGGCGGCCCUGACACUUCUGGCAGCAUUCAGGAAGCUCCGAUGCAUCCGCAACUACAUCCACAUGAACCUUUUCCUGUCCUGCACCUUGCGGGCGGCCUCCAUCCUCGCUCGGGACAGCCUCCUCCGGCUGCGCUUCCCCGAGGAGCUCCAGCAGGAAGGCGACCUCUCCCGCCUUGCUAUGGGACAGGCUGUGAUGCACUGUCGUGUGGCACAAAUCCUGACACAGUACUGUGUCUGUGCCAACUAUUACUGGCUGCUGGUAGAGGGGCUUUACCUCCACAACCUGCUGGGGCCAAUGGCUUUCUCCGAAGAUGGCUAUUUCCCCGGCUAUCUGUGUAUCGGAUGGGGAACUCCGAUCCUUUUUGUCCUCCCCUGGGUGGUGGUGAGGUACCUUUACGAAAAUAAUGAAUGCUGGGAGAGAAAUGACAACAUGGGCUACUGGUGGAUCAUCCGUUGUCCCAUCCUGCUCGCAAUCUUUGUCAACUUUGUUAUCUUCAUCCGCAUUAUUAAGAUCCUGGUUUCCAAACUCCGGGCUCAACAGAUGCAUUACACAGACUAUAAAUUUAGGUUGGCUAAGUCAACGCUGACCCUCAUCCCGCUGCUGGGCAUUCACGAGGUGGUGUUUGCCCUGGUCACGGAGGAGCAGGCCCGGGGCACCCUGCGGUACAUCAAAUUCUUCUUCGAGCUCUUCCUCAACUCCUUCCAGGGCCUGCUGGUGAGCAUCCUCUACUGUUUCGUCAAUAAGGAGGUCCAGACCGAGAUCCAAAGGAAGUGGCAGAGGUGCCAGCUGACCACCAGUCUCCUCGAGAAGCAGGACCACAGCUUCAGCCGCUGGGCUUCCUGGCGCAGUCGCAGCAGCUGCUGCCAGAAAGCUGGCUGUCCCCAGCCGCACCGCCUUGAGCGCGCGGCCACGGCCACCCCGCUCCAGAAAUCACACGUGGGCAGCAAACCCUACUGGUACAUCCCUGUCCAGACAAAGGUGGAGGACAAGGCAGGAGAACUCCCUGCCAGCAAGGAAGCGCUUGCACGCUGUGCUCACCCCGAAAACAUCUGCUGA